AUGGACAACGGCCCGGUCCACGACUCGGUUUUCGCCGACAAGAAGACGGCAUCUGAUUCGGAGAAUGGCGUGGCCGGUAGUGGCCACAAGGAGCACCACGGCGACGGCCCGCCGCCCCCAGAUGACGCGAUCGAGGCCUCCAUCCUCAAGAAGCUAGACCGCCGCAUCAUUCCCAUGGCCUGCUGGAUCUACCUAAUGAACUUUAUGGAUCGAGUCGGCAUUGGCAAUGCACGCCUCUUUGGUCUUGAGCAGGACCUGAAUCUGGAGCCCAACCAGUAUCAGAUUUGCGUCUCGAUCCUUUUCGUAACGUAUUGCUUGCUAGAAACGCCGUCCAAUCUGAUUAUUAAGCGGCUGCAACCGGCUCGCUACAUCGCGGGGUUGCUCUUCUUCUGGGGCCUCAUCGCGACGUUCACGGGCUUCGUCCAGAACUUUGGCUCCAUGGUGGCUUGCCGUCUGCUACUGGGUGCCUUUGAGGCCGGUCUGUUCCCGGGCAUCAUGCUCUACCUGACCAUGUUCUACCACAAGAAGCACAUCUCGCUGCGCAACGCCUACUUCUACUCCAUCUCGGCCAUCUCGGGCGCCGUGGGCGGCCUGGUUUCCUACGGUAUCGGCCACAUGGACAACGACGGCGCGGGCACCGCCGGCUGGCGCGCGUGGCGCUGGAUCCUGACGAUCAACGGCAUCCCGACAGUCCUGACGGCGCUGGUGGUGCCCUUUGUGCUGCCCAACUCGCCCGAGACGGCAAAGUUCCUGACCGAGGAGGACCGGCGCAACCUCAUCUACUUCCGCGAGGCCGAGGUCGGACAGACCAAGAGCGCGCAGGAAAUGCACAAGGAGGACGUCAUGGAGGCCAUCAAGGACUGGAAGAUCUGGGCGCUGUCCAUUGCGCAGUUCUGCAGCCACUCAGUGCUCUACUCGUUCUCCGUCUUCCUGCCCACCAUCAUCAAGGGCAUGGGCCAGUGGGGUGACGCCCAGGUCCAGGCGCUGACCGUGCCCGUUUACUUUGUCGGCUUCGUGACGUACCUGACGACGGCGCACAUCAGCGACAAGACCCAGCAGCGCGGCCUGUUCUGCAUGAUUGGCGGCGUCAUCAUGAUGAUCGGCUACGCCAUGCUCGUGGCCAACUACAACGUCGCGCUCAGCUUCACGGGCUGCUUCUUCGUUUCCGCGGGCCUGUGGACCGGCUCGGGCGCGGGCAUGGCCUGGAUCACCGUCAACCAGCCCCGCUAUGGCAAGCGCGCCUUCGCCUCGGGCGUCUUCAUCACCAUCGGAAACUCGGCCGGCGUGGCCUCGCCGUUCCUGUUCGUCUCCAACCAGGGCCCGAGGUUCAUCCCCGGCUAUAGCGCGUCCAUCGGCAUGUUGGCCGUCGCGUUCUGCAUCCACCUGUUUGUCCACCUGCACUUCAAGAAGAUGAACAAGCGCAAGCUGGCGGGCCUCGAGGACUGGCGGAUAGAGGGCAAGACGGAGGAGGAGAUUGCUGAGAUGGGCGAGCACAACCCCAGGUACCUGUACACUUGCUAG